UCCACCCCUGGGGUUUUCACCGCGGCGUCGUUCGCUCCAAGUUCCACAUUCGUUCCCGGAGAGCCUCCGCGAAGAGGGUUGCCUUAACCCUCUUCCUUUCCCUCCCCGCCUGCUCUCUUCCUGGAAGCCUCGGGUGGAAAGAGACCCUUUUCAUAAAAUCUGUUGAAGGCAUCCAUUCAAUGUUGGGGGGAGGAGGAAUCUGCUGUAGCUAUUUAAACGCGCAAUAAUAAUUUAUUAAAGGCCAAAAAAAGAGCCUUAGGGUUGUAGCCAGGCACGUUUUACUCAGAGUAGACCCACUGAAAUUCAUGAGUCGUGCCCGUUCAUUUCAGUGGGUCUACGGCCCUCGGAGGUUUCUUAGGGCUUCAUCUUUAGCCAAGAUGCUCCGGAGAGGUUGUCUCCCUAAAGCUAAACCGCAGAGAUUCGGAUUGCCACUCCGGCCCCCAAUAUACACUUUCAAAACUGGAAUGCAAAAAAGAGGAAACGUAUGAGAGGAGCACUCGGAGCCUCUCUCUCUCUCUCACACACACCGCAGUUCCUCUCCUGGCCCUUGCAGGUGUUUUAAGGCUGCAAAAUCCCGUGCACGCAUUUCCUGGGGGUAAGCCCCAUGGAACGCACUGAGGGCUUGCUUCCGAGUAAACACGCUUAGACUUGUACUCUGCAGUCAUGUGCACUGCAGUUCAAGCCACCUCAACUGAACUCGGUGGAACUUCUGAGUAAACACGCUAAGGCUCAGUGGCUACAACGCUGCCACACACACAUGCGAUUACUUGUCAGGAAACUCCACUGGAGUAAAUAGCUUCCAAGGAAACACUCGUAGGAAUCUGGACGCCACGCUGCAACCCUAUGCACCCUUACUUGGUAGUAAAUUCCAUGGCAUUCGGCAGGACUUACUCCCGAGUAACGGCGCACAGCAUCGGACUCCCUACCAGGCCACUGGAGCACACCCCCUUCCAUAAAAGUGCAUCCGAUGCGCACGGGGAGUCAGUCCCACCGCGUUCAGCACAGAGCUCCGGAACACGCGAGUUUUAGCGAGAAUUCAACUGCCUUCUGAGAGAAUACCCACUGCUUUGCACGGCUGGGCGAGCCCAACGCACACUUACCUGAGCGCUUACUUCCGAGUAAACCCGCCUGGGAUCGGGACCUUCUCCCCUCCCCACCCCACCCCACGGGGCUAUUCUCGGCCUGUAUCGAGACAGCGGUUUGCGUUUGGCUGAUCCGCUCUGUCCACGGCUGAAACUGACACGCACUCCUGCCCGGGGGAGCGGACGGAGCUAGUCAAUUUCACCGACGGGAGAAGGGGCGUGGAGAGCAAACCUUAAGCUGAGCGCCCGCCUGGGAUCUUUCCCGGGAGGGGGGAGGAGAGCAGGGCGGCCUCGGAAGAGUUCCCGGCGGCGUCCGAAGACGCUUCACUGACUAACGAGUCUCGGAGAAGCAAAGAUGCCUGGCGUGGAGUCUCUGGCGCGAUUUUGACUUCGCCCGUCCUCUCCUUUUAAAUUCCAGUGGAAACGGGAUCUCUCUCUUUUGGAGGGAGAGAGAGAGAGAGGAAAACCCUCCCCUUCUUUGGUCGAUGUGGAAGUAAACAGACGGUCGGCGUGUUCAUUUCGUGAAGGAAGCUGGCAGCAGCAGCAGCGGCAGCGGCAGCAAGGCGAAAGCAGCCACUUUUCGCUCUCCCUGACGUUAACCACUUUUCUCUCUCUCUCCCUUCUCCACGUUAACAGUCCCCCUCCCUCUCGAGGACGCUGGGGAGGACCGCGAGAAACCGGCGUUUCGUGUUUGUGGAUUGCAGACGGAGAAGGUCUGUCGCGAUUUCUGCCUCUUCUCUUGCCCCCCCACGCCUCCAAAAAAACCCAAACCAUCCAAAAACCCUCUGCAAGAGUUCCUUGAGGCGCCUUUUUCGAGAAAACCCCAGCCAGCUCCGCUCAGUCGGAGUUUUGGGAACGGCGCAAAGCGGAGAGGACAGAAGGUAUUUGUCGUGCAGGCUUUCCGAAUCCGGGACGAGCAUCCGCACUGAUCUCCUGCGAACGAACUGAGGAAGCCAUCGAAGCACCGCCGGCUGCCGUUUCUCUCCACACAGCAGUUCGUGUUUGUUUGCUUUUUAACAGAAACUCUGAACUGCGAGCGGGAAAAGCAAAAGACUUCAGACGCCCCCCACCCCCCAAACCCCCUAGCUUCUAUUUUGCCUGCUUUCUGCAAACACACAAAAAGAAAAGAUUCCCUUCUCCCCCCCCCCCCGAACAGACUCGGAGACCUAAACGAUACAAUUACUGGAGCCAAAAAUAAAUUUGGUGGUUUAAAGCUCUCUUUCUCUCCCCCCCCCCCAGCGCAGCCACAACCCCCCCCCCAGAUCCCUCCCCUCUGCCCUUUCCCCCGCCUUCCCUUCUGCGAGUGUGUUUGUGUUUGACAAAGAAAUGAUUUGAACUUCCCACUGCCUCAUUAAGCAAAAAACAACAAGGGAAAGAGGAGCGCAGUUUUGACAUAUGGGUGCGAUUUGUCAGCCGUGGCACAGAUGCGCGCAGAAGGCAGGCACUGCCAUCGGGGACGGAGGCUCCGUCUAGGUUGGGGUGCCUGGGAUCCCCCUCCCGCGGACUUCUCGUUCCAGCUCUUCUCCCUCCCUUUGGGGGCUGCCCUUCUGAAACUCCGCAGACGUUCAGCCAUGAGGAAGCGAGGCAAAGAUUUGACCUUCCUCGCCUUCUGCCUUUGGGGCUAACACCUCCCCUUCCCCUGGACCCCAACCCCAUCAACAAACUGGGGGAGCCAAAGCCAAGGAAGAGAUCCACAAGAUUACGGGACAGCUCGCUCGCCAGCCCGCUGCUGAAACUUCUUGGAUGCUUCCGACCAGCCUCACUUGGCUAUGGGAUCCUACUUGGUCUAUCACAGCUUGGGUCUGGCCAUGUGCUGCUCAGUGCUGAUGAGUUCCGUCUUCGCUCUGGUCAAUGAGGACGAUGUUUUGACGAAGGAGGAGCAGAUUUUCCUGCUAAUGCAAGCCCAGGCUGAGUGCAAACGGCAUUUGACAACAAAUGAACCCCCACUGCAAGAUGGAUUCUGUGUCCCCGAAUGGGACAACCUCAUCUGCUGGCCCGAAGGAGCCCCAGGACAGGUGGUGGCCAUGCCCUGUCCAAAAUACAUCUAUGACUUCAACCACGAAGGCCAUGCCUAUCGACGGUGUGACGUGAACGGCAGCUGGGCACUGGUGACCAGCAACAACCGCACUUGGGCCAACUACACUGAAUGUGCCAAGUUCCUCACCAUUGAUACCCGGGAGAGGGAAGUCUUCUAUCGCCUUUAUGUGAUUUAUACAAUUGGCUAUUCCAUUUCGUUGGGGUCCCUGACCAUCGCUGUCCUUAUCCUAGGAUAUUUCAGGCGCUUGCACUGUACCCGGAAUUAUAUCCACAUGCACCUCUUUGUCUCCUUCAUGCUUCGAGCCAUCAGCAUCUUUGUGAAGGACGCCGUCCUGUACUCUGGCUCGGCGCUGGAGGAGAUGGAGCGGAUCUCGGAAGAAGACUUCAGGUCCAUCACUGAGGCGCCUCCACCAGACAAGUCGCCGCUCGUGGGUUGCAAGGUAGCUGUUACCUUGUUCCUCUACUUCCUGGCCACCAAUUACUACUGGAUUCUGGUGGAAGGCCUCUACCUUCACAGCCUCAUCUUCAUGGCGUUCUUCUCUGAGAAGAAGUACCUUUGGGGAUUCACAUUAUUUGGCUGGGGUCUUCCUGCUGUAUUUGUCACAGUCUGGGCUACCUUAAGGGCAACGUUAGCAAACACAGAGUGCUGGGAUUUAAGUGCUGGCUACUUCAAAUGGUUUAUUCAGGUGCCUAUCCUCAUAGCUGUUAUGGCAAAUUUUAUUCUUUUUAUCAAAAUUAUCAGAGUCCUUGCAACCAAACUCCGGGAGACGAAUGCAGGGAGAUGUGAUACAAGACAACAGUAUAGGAAGCUGCUGAAGUCUACUCUGGUCCUUAUGCCUCUGUUCGGAGUUCAUUAUAUCGUUUUUAUGGCUAUGCCAUACACCGAAGUGUCAGGGAUCAUCUGGCAAAUUCAAAUGCACUAUGAAAUGCUCUUCAACUCUUUCCAGGGAUUUUUUGUCGCCAUUAUCUAUUGUUUUUGCAAUGGGGAGGUUCAAGCAGAAAUAAAGAAAUCGUGGAGCAGAUGGACAUUAGCACUUGACUUUAAAAGGAAAGCCCGCAGUGGGAGCACAACCUACAGCUACGGGCCAAUGGUGUCUCACACCAGCGUCACUAACGUCACCACAAGAGGGGGCAUCGCCCUACACCUCAACACAAAGCUCCUUCCAGGUGCCCUCAACGGACACCGGAAUUUGCCAGGAUAUGUCAAAAAUGGCUCCAUUUCUGAGAACUCCAUGCCUUCUUCUGGACCAGAACAGUAUAACAAAGACGAGGAGUAUCUCAACGGGUCGGGACUCUACAAUGGAGACAGGCCAACAGUACUUGUUGAAGAAGAAAAGGAGACAGUGAUGUAAAUUGCGUGGGGGAAAGGAAUGGUUCAAUAUCCAAACAAGAGGUUCCCAGAAAGUGCUGAGUGCUAUUAGGAAUGCCUGGAGGAUCACUGAGUGCCAAGGGUCUUCAGACAGUUCUCCCCCCCCCAUUCUUUGGAACAAGAAAUCAAGAUCUAUGGGGAAAUGCAAGCCAGUUGUCUGAUCCCAUACAACACA